AUUAAGCAUCAAUAGUAAAAACAAGUUAAAAUCACCCAAGACUGCUUCAAAAAACUUUACUCCAUUUUGGCUUCGUGGGAACCGUCGUUGCCCCUAGAUACAGCAAAGUCGUUGCACAAAAAUGCAUAGCAACCACAUCAAACAACUUUGAACUUGGGUAAUCCGUUUGCACGAACAGUGGCAACCUACCGGGGACUAUAGGAAUAUAUUUUAGUGCUUCUUCUAAUUCCCUUGCACAGAAUAAAAAUGCUUUUCUAUCCGGAAAUUAGUAUUCAAAAUGAGUUGAAAAAGUUGAUGUCCUGUGCCGAUCAGGAAUAUGACCAUCACCUAAAAGAGAAGCGUAAAAGAUUACAAUCCUUACUGCAAUCAGAAGAGGAGCAGCAGGAGCGGGAAAUUAUGCAGAAGUUCCAAGACGAGGAAGCAUUGCGCUUGAGGGAGAGAACGAAUGCGCUUCUUAGUGCUAAACAGGACCAGGAACGGCAGCGAUUGGAGUUUGUUAAAAGCAAAAUGAUACAACUAAAGCUAAAUAAUUGCGACGAAAUACGUUCAUUUGUGCAACAAAAAUAUCACGAAGAAUCGAAAAAAUGCCAGCUAGCACAAAUUGAGGAUAAGAUAAAACUGAAGCAAGCCAAAAUGGACGAAGAGAGAAUGUGGACGGAGGUGCACGUGCGAAAGUACAAAAUGGAUCUACAAAAUGAACAAAAAGAGAAACACGAGAGGAAAUCUAUGGAACAAAAGACGUUACAAGAUAUUAAACACCAAAUCAAAGAAAAAUCCUUGAAAGCAGUUCAGGAUAAGGUUGAUUUGCAGAAGGUAGUUUGUGCUUCCCUACCAUUUCCCGAUCAUGAUCCAAAAUUGAAAGCCCUCGGUAAGUCGGAACUUGCCGAACAUUUGAAUAAACAAAUUGCACUGCGGAAAGAACUGCAACGUAAACGGGAGGAACAGGACAUGCAAGUCAUACGCUUGCUAAAUGAUACCACUGCCAAACAGCUCGAGCAGGAGCGCCAGUCUCGCAAAGCAGAAGACAUACUGCUGAAAAAGCAGAAGGAUCAGUUCUACCAGUACUCCAAGCAUGUUUUGCGGCAGCGUCAACUUGAAGAUGGUAAGCUAGAAAAGCUUAUUAACGAUACGCGGGAAAAGUUUGAGCAGGAAAAGUUGGAUGUCUGUCGCCGUGAGAAACAAAAACGGCUGCAGAUGGCUUCUAUUGCUUACGAGGGCCAACGGAUGCAGAUCGCCGAAAUGGAGGCAAGGAAGGCACGCGAACGUGAAGAACGUCAACAAGAGGCCCUGCGAGAACGGGAACAGCAGGAAAAGAAUCGGGAAGAGGCGGAACGAGCCGACUGUAGAAUACAGACCGCGGUCCAGCAGUAUCGCGAUUCGUUGAAAGAGCAAAUUAAAUCGGCAUCGCUUGAUCGGGAGCACACCAAACGUGCCAAUCAGAUGGAAACUAAUCGCUUGAUCGAGCGAAGCUUUAAUGAGCUGAGUUUUGUGCAAAGUUACGUGAAGGGUUCGUUCGAGGAGCACUUCAAGAAACAUCCGAAUGUGUCACUGAUGAAGCGCAAGUACUGAGAAUUGUGAGUGAUAUUUUUAGAUAUAAAAUUUACGUAUUUUUUUUUAUUUUGCCGCUUCAAACGAGUAUGGAGAGUUGAUAGGAUUGUUGAAAGUUAGUUACAGCUUUCAAAUGGAACUUUAGAUAAUUUGAGUACGAUCUAUUCAUACCGAGCAAUAAAAUUAUGUUGUGGAUGAACAUUCUCUACAUUUCCAACAGGAAAUUCAAA